CGCAGCAGCCGCAGGAGGGGCGGCGGCGGUGGGCGCCGCAGGAGAUGCCCCUGCCCGGCUGCUCCGGCGUGGGGCAGUGCGAGCGGCGGCGGGGGAGCAGGCAGGGGGCGGCGGCUGCGGCGGCUGCAACAGAGGGGUCGAGAGCUGGAGGCGGCGGCGGCGGCGGCCUCGAAGGGCAUCGGCGGAGGCGGUGAUGGCAACAGUGGUGAUCUGAAGAUGGAAAGAGCCAGGCGAAGGGGAGGCGGCGGCGGCGGCGGCCGUGGCCGCGGCGGCAAGAAUGUAGGGGGCUCUGGCCUCAGCAAGAGUAGACUCUAUCCCCAGGCCCAGCACUCCCACUACCCCCACUACGCGGCUUCAGCCACCCCUAACCAGGCCGGGGGCGCAGCUGAAAUCCAGGAGCUGGCCUCCAAAAGGGUGGACAUCCAGAAAAAGAGGUUUUACCUAGACGUGAAGCAAAGCUCCCGGGGCCGGUUCCUGAAGAUAGCCGAAGUCUGGAUAGGGAGAGGCCGGCAAGACAAUAUCAGAAAGAGUAAACUGACCCUCUCCCUGUCUGUGGCCGCGGAGCUGAAGGACUGCCUAGGGGACUUCAUUGACCACUAUGCCCACCUGGGCCUGAAAGGCCACCGACAAGAGCAUGGUCACGGCAAAGAGCAAAGCUCCAGGAGGAGACAGAAGCACGCAGCACCCUCCCCACCAGUCUCUGUGGGGUCCGAAGAGCACCCUCACAGUGUCCUCAAAACAGAUUACAUAGAGAGGGACAAUAGGAAAUACUAUCUAGACCUAAAGGAAAAUCAGCGGGGUCGCUUCCUAAGGAUAAGACAAACCAUGAUCCGGGGGACUGGCAUGAUAGGUUAUUUUGGCCACACUUUGGGCCAAGAGCAGACUAUCGUCCUCCCAGCACAAGGGAUGAUUGAGUUUCGGGAUGCCUUGGUUCAGCUCAUUGAAGACUAUGGCGAAGGGGACAUAGAAGAACGCAGAGGUGGAGACGAUGACCCAGUCGAACUCCCAGAGGGGACUUCUUUCAGAGUGGACAAUAAAAGGUUCUACUUUGAUGUGGGCUCUAAUAAAUAUGGAAUUUUCCUGAAGGUAAGUGAGGUGAGGCCACCUUACCGUAAUACUAUUACUGUUCCAUUCAAAGCUUGGACAAGGUUUGGGGAGAAUUUUAUCAAGUACGAAGAAGAGAUGAGGAAAAUUUUCAACAGCCAUAAAGAAAAGAGGAUGGAUGGCAGAAGGGCCAGUGGUGAAGAGCAAGAAUGCCUCGACUAGAAUGAAAUUGAACUCCAUCAGGCAAAAGUUAAAAUCAUAAAUUGGCUAAAAGUACUGAUCCAUAAUCAUUUGAAGAAAUUUUUCCUCUUUUUUUGGCCCUUUGUUAUGAGUAAUACCUCUAGUAGUUAUACUUCAAGGAGUCUGAUUCUCAUGUUAUGUUAUCCAUAAAACACUAUAAUUCUUAUGGGAAUUUCAACCUUCCCAGAGCUAAAUAGUUAGCUGCUUCAGCUGCUCCAGACUAUUGAAGUAUGCAAAUCAGCACAAAGUGUGACAUUCUGACCUUCUAGAUACCAUAACUAAGAUUAACAUUGCAGUAUGACAUAAGCCUAAAAAAAGAUACAUAUACCUAAUAUGUAAGUGUGAAUUUCUAUUUAACAAGUUCCCCCAAAAAAGUAUUCCAUUCCUACUUCAUUAAAAGCUGCUAGGAUUACCUGUAGGACAGUUACCACAGAAACAGAAACUGACUUCUAUUAUAAAUAUAUUUAUUUACAAAAGUACGAGUAGAAAUAUAUUAAAUGUCCAUUGGGUAACUGAAUAUUAAACAGUACCAUUAAAGAAUCGAAUCUUAGAGUUACUAUAGUAUUCUAUAAUUUCAAAUUUUGUGGUGACCCUACAGUUUAUACUUGCCAUAUCAAUGCCAUGAGAGAGUUUCAAUUGGUUAUUCUAAGCUAGUUACAAUCCCAUCUUCACCUCUGAUUAUUGUACCAUAUAUUAUUAUUGACUUUACAAAGUUUCAGGAAUUACUUUUAUGUCACUGUUGCGUGGGAGGCUUUGCUAUGGAAAUCUUGAUAUUUUAGCUUUUCAUGCUAAUUUGAAGGUUGUGAGAGGUUCUUUCCCAAAAUACAUCAUGGACUCAAGGUGUUAUAUUUUAUGCUGCUGCUUUAACACUGUUUCAGAAGGGUUGGUGCACCAGUUACCUGAUAUAAAAAUAAUCUGUAAUAAUAUAUUUUAGUAGCACUUUUGCAGUUGUUACCCUGAAGUCCAUUUCAACACUUCCAGUAUAAACCUGACUUUUAAAGGUGUUUUAAUUCCAGGAAAAAAAAAAGUUUUUUUCUAAAAAGCAUUUAGAAUAAAUGUACAAUUUCAGCCUGGAAAAAUAUAAUUUGAAGAUUGGUUAUAAACAUAUUUGAAAGAAUAAUUCAGGCAUUUUUCCAAGGUGCUCUUUAUGAUACUUUACACAAGGUUUACUUUACACAAGACUCACCCACUUACUGGUAUUAAAAAUUACUUUCCAGGAAGUGCCACAGCAAUUUUUCAACACCUAAGCAAUUUUUUAAACGAGUGGAUAUAAUGUAUAUGUGUACCAACCCACCCUGUAUUAACUGACUGAAAUUUUAUCUGUUGAGCUGCAUUUUAUCUGAAAGAAAUUACUGUCUUUUAUCUUGGCUUUAUUCACCUCCCACACAAUGAGUCCAUAUAAUCAUGUUUAAAAGCCAGACACUGAUUUCAACCCCCAAAUAUAGCUCUCAUUGAUGAGAGCUGGCUGCAUGGAUUGAGUUCAGAAUGUAGCUCUUCUUUUAUAUGCUAUAAGUAAUUCACAAUUAUUUUAACAGUUGUUUUCCCUCCAGAGGUUUGUCCCCAAAUACACUUAAGUAAGGUCACUAAGAAAACUUUAUGAUAUGAAUUAAGAAAAUUAAUUUCACUGAUUACGUUACUUAAGAACAAGCAAGCAGUAACCUAGACAUACAUACAGGUGUUGGCUUACUGAUUGUAUUUCCAGUUUCCUCAAGUAGUAUGAAGGAAUCUCCCCAGUUCAUUAUAAUUGUGGGCCAUCUGGAUCACUAUGGACCAGCUGAAGGUUAGAAGAUGGUGUUAGGACUAGAGUUAAUAGCUCAUGGAGGGUGUUGAGACUCUAAAAGUAGCAAGGAUCUUUAAACAGUCCUCACUGUAAAAUAACUAUUCUAGGCUUGAUAAAAAGUAGUUUUGGGGUAUAUGAAGGAGUGGUGUACACUUGAAUUACUGUACUACUGAUUGCUUUGCUGCCCAUCAUAGUGCCUAUUAAUAAUAAUCAACCUGUCAGAUUUUGGCAAACUGGAGCUGUGAAUAUUCCAGUAUUUGAGUGUUCCUAUCACUAUUGCUGUGACUGUAUACUCUCUCUUAAAACCUUCCCUUCCAAAAUAUUUAUAUCUGUUAAGUCUAAAUAAUUUCCUUCUUGGUUUUUAGUCUGGUAAGGUUUGAGUGUAUAUAUGUAUAUAUAUAUAUAUAACACACACACACACACACACAUCUAUGUGUGUGUAUAUAUGUGUGUUAUAUAUAUAUACAUACACACGAUACAAUGUCAGACUUAAAUAUCUUUAACUCAUUGUAUAUAAAUAUUAUUAGUUUAAUUUUGCAUUAAUAAUUUAAGUGAAAAAUUGGUUAGGCAGCCAAAUUUUCUACAUUGUAUGUAUACUUCAGAGUUUUUACCAUCUCAAAGCUACAAACUGGAUAGAUGCAUAUGUACCGGCAGUUGAAUAUACUUUAGAAUCAUUAAGCCUUCUGCCAGUCCUUUUGUUUCAUUUUUUUCAAAGUUAAUGUUCACCGAAAAAUGAAAUGAUGCUAUGAUUUUUUUUGAUACUUAAAAUUUCCAGUCAUUCAUUAGCCAUAAUCAAAUAAGAUCCAAUCCAAAACUCUGGUAUUAGGACAUGUAUUGAGAUGUAUCUUAUAAAAUAAGCUACUAUUCUUAUCUGUGCAAUAUACAUUUUAUUUAUUGUCAUUUGUAACAUAAAUGGAGCUGCAAGUGUACAUGGUACUCUUCAAAAUAAUAGGAUCCCUGCCUUGAAGACAUAAAACUCUUAAGGCAACUGGAUGUUAGAAGUCAAAAAGUGAGCAUUAAAGUUAGUAACCAAAAUUACUAGUUCACUAUAUAAUUCUAAAACACUGAUGAUGUUUGCACAUAAUAAUCCAAGCAUAAUGUGGUACAGACUCAAAACUGUAAUAAUAUAAGCUGAUAGUAUGAAAUUUGGAAACGGGUCCCUCAUAAUCGUUGGCAGUGUGCUCCUACCAAUUGAAAGCAGCACUAAUCUGUUGCUUAUAUGCAAAAGGUGCAAUGUAUUAUAAAAGUAUUAAACUUCUGCCACAUUUUAUAAUUUUCCUUGUUAAAGCCCCAAACUGCCAUGUCCCUUAAACUUGAGUCAAACACAAGCUUAUUUGCACUAAAGAGCAUGGCCAAAAAAUAAAUGACAGGGUGGAAAAGCUAACUGGAACCUCUUGAAAUAAUUGGUUCUAAUGGGAGAAUUUCACAUUUGUCUAUUUGAAAGCUAUAUGGUCCAGGCAGACAAUCUGUCAGUUCACUAAUUUAAUAAUGCACUUUACCUUUUGUAUAUAAAAGAUGUACAUUUAUGCCACUUGACCGGUGGGAUGUGUUUCAAUAACUAUGUAGUUAGAAUCUGUAGGGUGAGCUCUUGCAUGCAUAUGUUUGUGUUGGAACUGCCGUAGUAACAAGUUUCCAUUAAAUCAGUGUAAUGGAGAAGGGUAGAAGAUGUUUCUGAAGCAAAUCCCAAUACAUUUAACAAAGAAUUUUAAAGUAGAGUUCAUAUUUGUAUUCUUCAGGACUAGAAUCAAUAAAAAACUAUUUCUAGCCCAGGUUAGUAUUACAGUUGAGAUUAUAUCUAAUUGAGAUUCCCCAUAAUACCCUGAAAAUUAAUUUUGGGAAUUUGUGCAGACAAAAAAAUUUUUAACAAUUCUGUUUCAUUGUUGAUGUGUGUUUAAAUUAGUAAUGAAAAGACAGUGCAUGAUACUGUAUUAGAAUUAAAAGUAUGAUUGGCUGAUAUGGCAUCGUUAAGAAAACACCCAGACUAAAGAAAGUUCAAAUUAAGGAAAUGCAAAGAGCCUAAGAACAAUUGCUAAAAUAAAUAUGAUAUUAUUUCAAAACUUGCAGAAGAACUAACUUUCACCAACCAAAAAGGGUAUUAGGGGACUUAGUGUAUCCUUCCAUCCUGCAAACUUCCUAAGAUAUACAUUUGAAAACUAGAUAAUUGUUGCUUAAUAAUAGGUUGUAUGUACUUUACUAACAACACUGUGUACUAACAAUUCAUCAAGAGUAUACUAUAUUUACUGCAUUCAUUUUAUAUUUGUGGAUAAGAAUACAUUAUAUAUAGUGAUCCUAUCUUAAUAUAAUCAUGUAUUUAUAUUGUAAUUUUGCAAAUAUUUUCAGUAAAAUAAACAUUUAUCUGAGCUGCACAAUUUGAAGAGGAUGAAAUUGGAAUACACACUCAGACACUCAGUUUUAAUAAGCAGCUACCAUUGGAAGUUGCUGUAUGUACUAUCAUUCCUUUAGAAUUUGUUUUAUGGUUUAUUUUAAUACUUAAGUAAAUAGGACUUAAUUGCAAAUUUGAAGUAGUGUUCUGGAAAUAAUUUUUUCAUAAGUGUGAGAUUUUCUUUUUUCCUGCUUAUUUCCAAAUGUCUUUCACUGGAACUAUUUGUAAAAUCUUAUUCCAAGCUUUAUGUAAGAGCUUUGCUUAGUCAUCACAUAGUUUGAAGUUUCUCUUUUACCAAAACACCAAACAUCUUUGGCAGGAUAAAAUCUAAAGUAAACCACAAAGAGAAUUUAAAUUUGAUUCUAUGCCAACAGAAUAAUACAGGUAUAAUAUUUAUCACUGCCAAAUAAGAUUCUUAAAAUCUUUCUGGAGUUUCCUUAAAGAUUUCUUGAAUUUCAUAGAGAAAUAUUGGCUCAUGGCUAGCCCAUUAGAGGAAGAGAGUAGGGAUGUUAGUAUGCUGUUGAGACAAUCCAUAGUCCACAAUACUGUAGCAGUGAGGUACAGGGAAAAUGUGUUUUUCCCAAUUUCACGUCUUGUGAAAAUUGAGUUUUUAGAUCACAGUUACUCUGUCAUACCCAAAUUUAUGUAGAAAAACAG